AAGAAGGCCGGCCGGCGCUCGGUUUCGCGCAACGCAGCUUCACCGCCCGUUGUCCCAUGGCCGCCGACGGGGACCCAGCCGCGGGCACCGGCCCCGACGUCGAGGCGCACGCGCUGCUCCGCGCGUCCUCCUCCGACGACGACGAGGACCCCGAGCAGUGCGCCUUCGAGCCGGCCGAGAAGAUCGUCGUGUCCAUCGCCGCCGACCCCGACGCCGACGAGGAGGACCUCUUCUCCGCCACCGGCCGCGCGCCGCCCUUCUCGUGGCGCAAGCUCUGGCUCUUCACGGGGCCCGGGUUCCUGAUGAGCAUCGCCUUCCUCGACCCGGGCAACCUCGAGGGCGACCUCCAGGCCGGCGCCACCGCCGGCGACACGCUGCUCUGGCUGCUUCUCUGGGCCACGGCCAUGGGGCUGCUCGUCCAGCUGCUCGCCGCGCGCCUCGGGGUGGCCACCGGGAAGAACCUCGCCGAGCUCUGCCGCGACGAGUACCCGGACUGGGUGCGCCGCGCGCUCUGGCUCAUGGCCGAGGUCUCCAUGGUCAGCGCCGACAUCCAGGAGGUCAUCGGGAGCGCCAUUGCCAUCAAGAUCCUCAGCCGCGGAUUCCUGCCCAUUUGGGCCGGCGUUGUCAUCACCGCAUUGGACUGCUUUAUUUUUCUUUCCAUCGAGAACUACGGAGUGAGAAAAUUGGAGGCUCUAUUUGCAGUUCUGAUUGCAAUAAUGGCCUGGUCCUUCGCAUGGAUGUUCAUAGAAACCAAACCCAGUGGGAAAGACCUAAUUGUUGGUCUUCUGGUUCCUAAGCUGAGCUCAAGAACACUAAGGCAAGCAGUAGGGAUCGUGGGAUGUGUCAUCACCCCACACAAUGUGUUCCUCCAUUCUGCUCUCGUCCAAUCAAGAAAAGUAGACCAGAACAAGGAAUACCAAGUCCGGGAAGCGCUGAGGUACUACAGCAUCGAAUCAACCAUGGCGCUGGUGGUGCCCUUCAUGAUAAACCUAUUUGUCACGACGGUUUUCGCCAAAGGGUUUUACGGCACCGAAGAAGCGUGCACGAUCGGGCUCGAAAACGCCGGACAGUAUCUCCAAGAAAAGUUUGGGGGAGAUUACUUCCCCAUCCUCUCCAUUUGGGGGGUCGGCCUGUUGGCCGCCGGCACGAGCAGCACCAUAACCGGAACCUAUGCCGGACAGUUCAUAAUGGAUGGGUUCCUCAACUGGCGGCUGAAGAAAUGGAUGAGGGCGAUGAUCACCCGAAGCUUUGCGAUCGUGCCAACGAUCGUUGUUGCGCUGUACUUCAACGCGUCUGAAUCAGCGCUGGAUGUUCUGAACGAGUGGCUCAACGUCCUCCAGUCAGUUCAGAUCCCUUUCUCGCUCAUACCGCUGAUAACGUUGGUGUCCAAGGAGCAGGUCAUGGGGGUGUUCAAGAUAGGUCUAACAACACAGAUUGUGACCUGGACGGUUGCGUCGUUGCCGAUCCUGAUCAACGGCUAUCUCUUGUUGGAUUUCUUCUCGUCGGAAAUUAGGGGCGCGGUGUCGGGCUCGUUUCUCUGCGUGGCUGUGGUUGCUUAUGCCGCGUUCCUACUCUAUCUCAUCCUCCGGUGCACGGACCUGCCUAACCAUGUAUUUACACCAGUAAACAACAAGGAUGCUAGCUUCAAAUGA